AUGAAUACUGUCAUACGAGGAAUAAGUACAGUUGUCGUACGAGUCUGCACAUUCAAUUUACGUUUUGGUUAUAUUGAUCAUGGCACAUUAAAUGAAUGGGAAAAACGAAGACCAAUUCUAAAAAAUUGUCUCAAAAACAUGCAACCAAUAAUAAUCGGAACGCAAGAAGGUUAUCCGCCACAACUUAAUGGUAUUCUUGAUGAUUUAAAUGAAUCUUCACAAUGUUGGUCAUGGGUAGGUGAAGAACUUGAAGAUUGGCAUACAAUCAAUGCUAUAUUCUAUCGUCAUGAUUUAUUUUCACUUGUUUCAACAAAAACAUUUUGGUUCAAUGAACAUCCAUCAACUAUUGGUUCUGCUUGGGGUGCAAGACAUCCUCGUGGCUGUACACGUGCUCAAUUUCAACAUAUAAUAACAAAACAACCAUUUAUUAUCUAUAAUGUCCAUCUUGAUUUUCCCUCUCAAGAAGCUCGUCAUCAUUCGAUACCUACUCUUCUAUCACAAAUAGAAGAAAAUGAUGAUCAUAUUAAUAAAGUUAUUGUUACUGGAAAUUUUAAUAACUGGCCAGAAGAUGUUGAAGGUGAAACACCAGCUGAUGAACUUACUGUAUUAGGACAACAAGCAUCUGAAAUUCAACAAAUGAAAGCAGCUGGUUUUAUUGAUACAUAUCAACAUGGUGUAACAUCAACGUUUAAUGGUUUUCGAAAAGCUGGUUAUGGUCCGAAAAUAGAUUUUGUGUGGAUUUCAUCAAAUAGUGUAUAUCGUGUUGAAGGUGAAACAAAAGUUGAUGAGUAUCAUGAUAAAGAUGGAUUUUUUCCAUCUGAUCAUUUUCCUGUUUAUGC